AUGACAUCAUCUUGUUCAUCUCCGGCGUUUCGCCUGAUCCUCAUCUCGACCACUUUGACAAUGAUGGGCAAGCUGCUGAACAUCGUGAUGUUGAUGGCCAUGCUGGCGAUGGUGAUGGCCCAGGACAAGACUGUUGCUCCUGCUGGUGCCGCUUCGGCCGCCACAGAGGCCCCGACGACUGCUGCCUCCUCCGCGUCGAUGGCCAGUCUGAUGGUUGCCGUCUUCUCGGGUGCCGUCGCCAUGCUGAUGAAG